AUGUCACAAACUUCUCUUCAAAUCGCCGCUGUCACAAGCUGCCGUUUCUCUAUCUAUUCUACCACUUCCUCCACACCACAACCACUCAUCACGAAUACAUACUCACGGUACAAGGUUCCACAGUACUCGGAGUAUGAUCACUUGUCGGCCAUCUACAGGGACCCGAGCAACCGGCAGAUGUGCGACUCUGCCAUCAAGCCGACAUCUCCAGCCUACAAAUUCGAAACUCGCAGCGAUCUACUCCUUGACUCCUACCCCACACUUCGCUUUCGAGGAUGCCGAUAUGCGUUUGAGACUUUCGAAGAGUACGAGCGAUCAGUCGGCCUCGGUACCCUUCUUGAGCAGCGCGCUUCUAUGGGCAAACAUACGUACACUGGUCGUGUCGCCGUCGUACCAGUCCCGGGGACUUACAGCAAGAAAGCCAAACUUUGGAUGGCGUAUCAUCUCCAGCUUUCUGUCGACAAGAAUCCAAGGUCGCCCGCAUUGGUAGUCGGAGAUUCAAUCAUUAUAAACUUCGAUCCAAAUGGAAUCGAUUUGAAAACUGCGUGGAAAGGGAAUAUUACUGAAGCCGUCGAUGCAACUUCGAUUGGACAGCUCAAUGUAACCGUCAAACGUCCUCAUGACAAGGGCACAGUCCUGCCGUUGGAUAGUGAAGAGCACUCGGUCUUGACAGUCAAAGACUUCACGACCAUGGAGCACUCAUCGGUCCUUCGUAAUUGGUCACGCAACAACUCGAAGAAAUCGGUCGUCAUCUACACCAACAAUGACGAGAAGGGGUGUAAGCGGCUGAUGAACAACUUCUCCAAGCUUAAGGUCCCCCACAAACUUCGAGAUACAUACCCCGCCAAGGCAGCAGCGCUCAAGGCAGGGACCGAGCUGUUGUUGAUGAACAACUUUACACAACUCAAGCGCUCCGAGUUGUUCAAGAACAUCGACGCAGGCCAGUGGACUCAAGCUCGACAGAUCCUUGUGACAUACCUCCGCGAUUACCAGUUGAGCGCCUUCCUUGAGAUGGAAGACAACGGUCUCUACGAGAACACUGCAUGUGUGAUUGGGUCCUCAGGAUCAGGGAAGUCUUACUUGGCUCUCACUAUCGCAGUAGCAUACAAGGAAUACAGGAUCAAGAAAGCAGCCAUGCGAGCUGCGAAGGAGGCAUGUAUUGAAGUCGAACCUGAGGCAAAGCCUUCGUACCCAAAAGACAAUCCCGCGCCUCCAAAGCCAGAGGAAGACAGCCCAGAGACCUAUACCAAACAGCCAGGCCGCAUCACAUUCUGCGGUAUCCAGAACGAUACGGUCGACGAGGUGUACCGUGUCCUUAGUACUGUCACCCCCAAGUUGAUGAACGAGAUGAAGAUGCCUCCCAAACUCGUCCUCCGCAUCCACUCUUCAAGUUCAGAGAUCGAUGCCGUUGUCGCUAUGUCACGCCUAUUCUUCGAUCGGGAUGAGAAGGAAUUGCCCUAUUACUACAAUCCAAACAUCGAGGUGACCGACGGCUUACCUGUUAGUCUCUUGGGAGCCUAUCUGACUCACUACCGCGGCACUAGCGAUACUUCACUCUGCAACCGUCGCAUGAAAGAAGUUGACGGGUCUGCUGCGAAUUAUAUCCUAGAGCUCGCCAACAACCCAGAUUUUCCACGCUCUCCAGAAGUGCUCGCAACGUUCACGAGCGGCGAGCUUACAGACCUCGAGGACAAGUUGACCCCGAUCCUCCGUGCUCGUGAACAACUCUUGAUGAACGGAGACGUGAUGGACAAUGACAUCAAGCGUGCUGUCAAGUCUGCAGCAAAGACCGGACACUAUGCUCUGCUGGAGAAGGCAGCAGCAAAUGUGGCGAAUAUCAUGCCGAGCGUUCUGCUCUUGUCUCCCAGCCUGUUCUUGGAAGAGGCUGGCCGAGCAAACGACGCCGAGAUUGCGGGAUACUUCACCCACUACUGGCAUGCUCAGCUUCGCAUGUUCAUCGGAUCGACCAACCAGCUCCCUCCUAAAAACGAAUGGGAAGAUUACAUGAUGGAGAUUCACCGAAACGCUCGCGUUCCAAAGCUCUCUGAUGACGGUGCCGAAGCCUGGGAUUUGGACGUAUACAAACCAUCGCACAAAGUCCUUGACGUCUCCGACCGCACUUGGGAAUCGACCCUGCGCAAGUUGUUUCCACAGGCCACAGAACAGGAUUAUUUCAAGAAUCUGUAUGGUAGCCUCAGGUCUGGAGCCAAGCUCUUCCUCAUCUGCUUCCGACACAACGAGCUUCCAUGCACGAGCAAUGUUCUCACCCAUCGUACGCAGAUGCCCGAGUUGUGCGAUGACUUGCGCAUCGCUAUGCAGAACUCACCAUACAUUUUCAUGCUCAUUCGUAGCUCCGGCGUAGACUCAGAAGUCGAAUCUAUUGUUGAAGCAUGGAAAGAGCUCACGGAGUAUGAUCCCAUGUCGGUCAUCUACAAGAACCUGAACAACCCGCAGAUGUGCGACUCCGGCAUCAAGCCGACAUCUGAACUUCCCAAGUUUACUGCAUCCGCCCGAUAUGUGUUUGAGACUGGAUGCCACUACAGUUUAAGGCGUGACUGA